AUGGACUCGCUCCUGCGCCUUGGGUACUCCAAGCCGCUGGGCCUCGGCGACAUCCCGCUGCUCGACGCCGACGACGCGGCCGCGGAGGCGUGCCGUAAGUUCCUCUGCGAGUGGCAUCGACGGAGGAGGGAGUCGAAUAAAACGAGCAACCUCGUGCUCCGGGUGCUCGCCGAGUGCCACAAGAAGGAGCUGCUCCUGACGGCGCUCUACACGUUGCUGCGCACACUGUCCUUCGCCGCGUCGCCGGUGAUGCUGUACUGCUUCGUGUCAUACUCCAAUCGGCAGGAGCAGGAGCGGGAUCUUGGCACCAGGGCCGCGCUCGUCGCCGGCCUUCUGGCCAUGAAGCUGGUGGAGUCGCUGUCGCAGAGGCACUGGUUCUUCGGGUCGAGGCGGCUGGGCAUGCGCAUGCGCUCGGCCCUCAUGGCCGCCGUCUUCGAGAAGCAGCUGCGGCUGUCCAGCGAGGGGCGGGGGCGGCACUCAUCUGGCGAGAUCGCCAACUACAUCGCCGUGGACGCGUACCGGCUCGGCGAGUUCCCGUACUGGCUGCACCUGGCAUGGAGCAUGCCGGUGCAGCUGGUCCUCGCCAUCGCGCUCCUGUUCUGGAUCGUGGGCGCCGGCGCGCUCCCGGCGCUGGCCCCCAUGGCCAUCUGCGGCGUGCUCAACGUCCCUUUCGCCAGGAUGCUGCAGCAGUACCAGUGGAGGUUCAUGCAGGCGCAGGACGAGCGGCAGCGCGCCACGGCGGAGGUGCUGCACAGCAUGAAGAUCGUGAAGCUGCAGUCGUGGGAGGACAAGUUCAGGGCGACGGUGCAGCGGCUGCGCGACGCCGAGGUGCGGUGGCUCGGCGAGACGCAGCUCAAGAAGGCCUACGGCAGCGCGCUCUACUGGGUGUCGCCGACGGUCAUCUCCGCCGUGGUCUUGGCGGGCACGGCCGCGGUCCAGAGCGCGCCCCUGGACGCCAGCGUGGUGUUCACCGUGCUCGCCACCAUGCGCGUCGUCUCGGAGCCCAUGAGGAUGCUGCCCGAGGUCAUGUCAGUCAUGAUCCAGGUCAAGGUGUCGCUGGACCGCAUCGGGAAGUUCCUGAUCGAGGACGAGUUCCAAGACGACGCCGUGGACAGGACGCCGGCGUCCGACAAGAGCCUGGACAUGCACAACGGCGUCUUCAGCUGGGAGCCCAGCAAGGGCACCGCAACCCUGAAAGACAUCAACAUCACCGCAACCCGCGGCCAGAAGAUCGCCGUCUGCGGGCCUGUCGGUGCCGGAAAAUCGUCGUUGCUGUGCGCGACGCUCGGCGAGAUCCCAAGAAUGUCCGGAUCAGUGGCCGUGAGUGGCUCGGUGGCCUAUGUGUCCCAGACGUCGUGGAUUCAGAGCGGCACGGUGCGCGACAACAUCCUCUUCGGGAAGCCGAUGAGGAGUUCAGAGUACGAGAGGGCCCUGAAGUGCUGCGCGCUGGACAAGGACAUGGAGAACUUCCCGCACGGCGACCUGACGGAGAUCGGGCAGAGGGGCCUCAACAUGAGCGGCGGGCAGAAGCAGAGGAUCCAGCUCGCAAGGGCCGUCUACAACGACGCGGACGUCUAUCUCCUCGACGACCCUUUCAGCGCCGUCGACGCGCACACCGCCGCCACCCUUUUCAACGACUGUGUCAUGGCGGCGCUCGAGGACAAGACGGUCAUCCUUGUAACGCAUCAAGUUGAGUUCCUCUCCAAGGUUGACAGAAUUUUGGUCAUGGAGAAGGGCGAGAUAACGCAGGAGGGAACCUACGAGGAGCUCCUGCAGUUCGGCACGGCGUUCGAACAGCUUGUCAACGCUCACCAGGACUCAAAAACAACACUGGACUCCAAUGUAUCCAAAGAAGGAGCCAUGAUUCAGUACCAACAACCGAUCCUACCGCAGCAGGGCAGCGACGCCGAGAUCUCCACCGGCAACCUGCCGUCGGUCCAGCUGACCCAAGAGGAGGAGAGGGAGCUGGGAGGAGCCGGCCUGAAAACAUACAAGGACUACGUGUCAGUGUCCAAGGGCUGGUUCCUCCUUGUCCUGAUAAUACUCACACAGUGCGUGUUCGUCGCCCUGCAAUACCUCGCGACCUACUGGCUCGCAGCGACGAUCCAAAGCCGUCGGUUCAGCGUCGGGAUCGUCGUGGGAGUCUACGCGGUGAUGACAACCACCAGCUGCCUGUUUGCCUAUGUGAGGAGCCUUGUCGCUGCCCACUUCGGCCUCAAGGCGUCGAGGGAGUUCUUCUCGGGUUUCAUGGAUUCCGUGUUCAAGGCCCCCAUGCUGUUCUUUGACUCUACCCCGACCGGAAGGAUCAUGACCCGGGUAUGUGUACAUAUUAACACAACUUUUUCAGUCAUACUUAUAUAUGCCGAUGUUACUGCAGAUUUGCAGUCUGAGUUUGCGCACCGUUAA